CAUAAAUAAAGCAUGUUUAUCAAAUUUUACAAAACUACCAAAUUUAUGGGCAAACCAACAUAUCGUUACUUAGCAAGUGAUGCCAAUGAAUGUAACUUUUCUGAAUUUUUACAAAAACGGAGAUCUGAAGCUCAAAAUAGUAUUUUACUAAUUUUACCCAAUAUCUCAUCCUCAAAACUAGCAUUUUUAAAAUGUUUGCAAUUUGGUACAAUUAAAAAAGCAUAUCCUUAUCAAAUUAUGCAAGGGAAGAACUGUAUGUUAAUAGAGUUUGCAAACUAUAAAUCAGUGAUUCGACUUAUAAAGAGUGCCAGGCAUUUUGACCCAAAUUUAGUGAUCCCUGUAAAAUCAAGAGUAUGUUGGUUUGCAGAUAAACAAAAUUUUAAACAAUUCCCCCAAAAUUGGUUUGAUUCAAAUUAUGGGCAAUUAAAUAAUGACAAUGAGGCAACUUAUAUUGAAAAUUCUUUACAUCUCAAUCUUGAUAUGGACAAAUUAAAGACCAGAAUUCUUGGAACAACAUCAUUUUCAGGCCAAAUGCAAAUCCUAAACAACGACACAAAAAUAUCGGAUUUAGGUUGCAGGCUAAGGUUUUUAACCUGUUCACUGCUUCAAGAAGCCCUAAGCGGAAUGUUUGGUAUGUAUGAUGAACUUAGUGUAAAUUCACAAUCAAAUUCAAACAAUAGAACAAAUACAUAUAACUCAGGAGAUAACCAGCUUUUAACAUCACAAACUUUAUUUACUCCCUUUGGCUCAUCUGUCAAUAGUUUUGGGAAAUACAAUUCUGACCUUGAUAUGCUCCUUACUUUCCCUUCUUUCAAUCCUCACAAUAAGCAAGGAGGUAAUUUUAUUUUUGAUGCUAAACGCUGCCUUACUUCUGACCGUCAGCAAUCGGCUCGUACUUUAAGAUUAAUAUCAGAUCUUUUACAAUCAUUCCUGCCUGGGACAAAAGAAAUACAAAGAAUUUUGAGGGCAAGAGUUCCUAUAGUGAAAUUCACUCAUGAUAAGCUUGGACUUUCUUGUGAUCUCUCCUUUGGAUCAAAUGGUGGCCUCGAGAUGUCAGAUAUUUUAUAUACGCUGGGUAGAGCCGACCCUAGGAUAGAAAUACUAUUCUCUAGCAUUCGAUUUUGGGCCAAAAAUUAUGGGGUAACCAACCCUUUCCCUGGCAAAUGGCUCACUAAUUUCAUGCUACUACUUAUGACAAUUCACUACUUACAACACCAAGCUCUUGCUAUUCAAACAGCUUCAAAUUCCAAACUGACAAAAACAAACACUUAUGAACAUUCAUACUUGCUAAUUAACUUUUUUGCCUAUUAUUCCUCAUUCGAUUUUAAUAGCCAUGGGAUGGCCAUAUCACCUAAAGAUCAUGCCCAACAUCUUGAAACAAAUAAUCAUCCACAAUCUACAUCACCAUUAAAUUAUCUGCUUUUUGGUAAACCAGACUUCUCACCAUUUUACAUAAAAAAUCCAGUAGAUACUUCCUUAAAUGUCGCUAAAAAUGUAACCAGUGAUCAAGUGCAACACUUUAAAGCAGUUUGUAGAGCCACUUUAUCAAAGUUAGGAAUUUGUUUUGAAGGUUUCCCUUUUAAAAAUGAUGAUAUCAUUGAACAUAUAAAUAAUAUUGACAAAUUAGGAACCAAAAGUCAAGGCCUAUUAGAAUUGGUUUUUGAGGAUGUAAAUCAGGGAGAUAUAAAAAGAUUUUUUGAUGCUGAAACAUAUGUCAAUAUUGAUAAUGAUCAUAGAAGUCAUGCAAACAAAGAAAAUAUUUGUGAAUUUGAUAAUAAUAAUCUAGAAAAUAAUGAAGAAAUUGAUGGAUUCCAUAUUGCAGAAAGGUAUAAAAGUCCUAUUAGUCAAAAUUUAGUCAAUAAUAAAAAUUUGGAAAAUGAAUUUGAUAUAAAUUCAAAAAAUUAUAUGCCUAAAAACAUUAAAAUAUCGAGUAUAUUGGAAUAG